UAUUGUGCUGUCUUUCAAUAUGCCUGAAGAACACACAUUAAUGUUACCUUCUGAUCGGGCAUUACACAAGUUUCUCUAGGGCCCUUUUCCUUUCACGUCCCUGCUGCGUGCAACACAUGCGUUUAGAUUCUGUAGCGUUGUUCUAUGUGAGAUCAUUUGUUGCUGGCAGUAUUCUUUCUUCUGGGUAGUAAUACAAUUAUCUCUUACAAAAUAUUUUUUCUCCGGUUUAUCUCCAGAGUCGUCUGCGUCUCGAAAAUGGGCAAAAGGAACAGAAACAGACAGAAAAACCAACAAGACAGGAACAGUGAACCCAGAAGAGAUAAUGCGGGCUGGGGAGCUGGAUAUGCUGAUAUUAUCAAGGAAAACAAACUUUUUGAACAGUAUUAUCAAGAGCUGAAGAUUGUCCCAGAGGGAGAAUGGGAGCAGUUUAUGGAGGCUUUGAGGGAACCUCUGCCUGCCACCAUUAGGAUUACAGGUUACAAAAGCCAUGCGAAAGAAAUUCUCCAUUGCCUGAAGGAAAAGUAUUUCAAGGAACUACAAGAUCUAGAGGUGGAUGGCCAAAAGAUAGAGGCUCCACAGCCACUAAGCUGGUACCCAGAUGAGCUGGCGUGGCACACCAACUUGAGCAGGAAAAUUCUGCGGAAGUCACCCCUGCUAGAAAAGUUUCACCAGUUUCUAGUUAGUGAAACUGAAUCUGGCAACAUAAGCCGACAGGAAGCUGUCAGUAUGAUUCCCCCUCUGCUGCUUAAAAUUGCGCCUCAUCAUAAGAUUCUAGACAUGUGUGCGGCUCCUGGCUCUAAGACAGCACAAUUGAUUGAAAUGCUACACUCUGACAUGGAUAUUCCCUUUCCAGAGGGGCUGGUCAUUGCCAAUGAUGUGGAUAACAAGCGCUGCUACCUACUGGUUCACCAGGCAAAGAGAUUAAACAGUCCUUGUAUUAUGGUUGUAAACCAUGAUGCUUCCAACAUCCCUAGGCUUCAGAUAGACUGUGAUGGCAAAAAGGAUAUUCUUUUCUAUGACAGGAUUUUGUGUGAUGUGCCUUGCAGUGGUGAUGGGACUAUGAGAAAGAACAUUGACGUAUGGAAAAAAUGGACAACAAGUAACAGUCUUCAUUUGCAUGGACUGCAGAUGAGAAUUGCAGUCCGUGGGGUUGAGCAGCUGGCAGUAGGUGGAAGAAUGGUCUAUUCUACAUGCUCUCUGAACCCUAUUGAGGAUGAGGCUGUCAUUGCGUCACUUCUGGAGAAAAGUGAAGGUGCCUUGGAACUUGUUGAUGUUGCCAGUGAAGUGCCUGGAUUGAAGUGGAUGCCUGGGGUUACAUCCUGGAAGCUCAUGACUAAAACUGGUGAGUGGUAUGCAAAUUGGUCAGAAGUACCACAGAAUAGACACACACAGAUUCGGCCUACAAUGUUCCCUCCAACUGAUCCAGAAAAGCUCAAAGAAAUGAAGCUGGAGAGAUGCAUGCGGAUACUUCCUCAUCACCAGAACACGGGAGGUUUCUUUGUGGCUGUGCUUGUUAAGAAAGCCUCAAUGCCUUGGAAUAGGCGUCAUCCAAAGCUUAGGAACAAGGGAGCAGAGGGAGCAGAGCCAGCAGCUGAAGCGGAGAAGACCCCUGCUGAAACUGCUGACGAGGCAGGAGAAGCUGCGAUGGAGGACAAACCAAAUGACCUUGAGGUCUCUCAGGAAAGCACUGUCAAACAAGAUGGAGUGUGUGGCCCUCCUCCAUCAAAAAAGAUGAAGCUGUUUGGCUUCAAAGAAGAUCCCUUUGUGUUCCUGUCUGAGGAUGAUCCUGUGUUCCCUCCAAUCCAGAAGUUUUACAACCUCACACCAAACUUUCCCAAGAUGAAUGUGCUAACUAGAACGCACGAGGGGAAGAAACGAAACCUGUACAUGGUGUCCAAGGAGCUCCGAAACGUACUGCUGAACAACAGCGAGCGACUGAAGGUUAUUAACACGGGCGUUAAAGUUUGGUCCCGUAAUAAUGAUGGGGAACAGUUUGGAUGUGCCUUCAGGCUUGCUCAGGAGGGCAUUUAUACUCUUUACCCAUAUAUUAAUGCCAGAAUCAUUACUGUCAGUGUAGAAGAUAUCAAGGUGCUUCUGACACAAGAGAACCCCUUCCUCAGCAAACUGGAAGCACAGUCACACGCGCAGGCUAAGCAGUUGGUUAUGGGAAGCAUUGUACUGAGAUAUGAGCCUGACCCAAAGAAUCAAGAUGCCCCACAGUGUCCCAUUGAGCUGUGCGGAUGGAGGGGAAAGACUUCCAUCCGAGCCUUUGUUCCAAAGAAUGAGCGCUUUCACUACCUCAGAAUGCUGGGGGUCGAGGUCUUCCGGGAGAAGAGACGGGAUGACCGUUCAGAAGCCAUGGCUGAGGGGGAGAAGGGAGGCGGAGACCCAGGUUCCAUGUCCAUGGAAACAGAGGUGGAUGGUGAACAAAAUUUGGGACCCCCAAAGGCUGAUGCAGAGGAACUGAAAGAAACUGCAGAGUCUUCCACUGACUCAAAAACCGAGAGCAGUGCUGAAACUAAAUAAGAAAAAGAGAUCAUUUGCAAGGUAGUAGCAGUGCCAUUUUAUGUUCUGUUCACUGGUGCCAUCAAGGUGUAGUUGCAGCACAGAGUUAAAAAAAAAAAAAAAAAAAAGCAGAGAAAGGAAAAGCUAUUUUUGUUAGUCUGGUUUUGUACUGUACUGUUCGCAAACUUCCAACUUUUAUGUUUUGAAGAAAAUAGUCAGCCAGAAGAAUUUCACGAUCUGAUUUUUGUAUGCUGCAAAGGCAAAAGCUAGAAAGUCCAGGCACCUUCUGUUCAGUGAAUAAUUCUAGACCAAAAGUGACACCUUGAGUGGUCAUCAUGACUCUUGAGUAGUUUUAUUAAAAAAUGUUUGUUUAUUUUAAGUUUUUUCUCCACGUGCAACAACUUCCAAAGGCAAAUUUAAGAGCCUAAUAAAAUAAUCAGUAACUUGCAGUUUGACAAAUAAAGUACAAGAUGAGUUUACCCUUCAUCCAAGACAGAUUUUCUUUUUGGGGCAUGUGGAUUUAUGCACCUUUGGGGCACACAUGAUAGACAUUUGCAAAAUCCUAACAUAAUACGGGUUAUACUCUUCAGCCUGAAAAAUAAGCAUUUUGGGAAGCAUUAGUACAAAAGAGGAGAAAUGUUAUGGUUUCUUAUGGACCAAGCAACUCUGUCGGGGCCAGCCAUAAUGGUACCACUUGACAGCCUGUGCUUUUACAUAGUAGCAACCUGAAUGCAUGUUGGGGCAUUUUAACUUUUCAGUGCCUUUGGCAAUAGGUGUUGUUUUCCUAAUGUACCAGAUGAAGAGAUUUGUAACUUUCACAGUAGAAGCAUCUAUUUCAAAAUACAGUACUGCCUUUUUAUUUCACUAUCCUACUUGCAAAAAAUCUUGUAUCUGCCCUGUAGUGGUCACACAAAAUAGUCAUUUUAAUAUCUUUUUUUAAAUUUAUUUUGGCAGAUUCUUUAAAGAAUGCAUGCCAGACGUAUUGAAGUGUUCUGAAUAGAUGUUUGAAACCAUUUGAGUUACUGAAUAAGGGCUUAUUAACUGCACUGUGCCAUGAGCGAAAUCUGAGUGGGAACAAAGAAGGAGCUUCAGAUUGUAGGUCACUGCAGUUAAUAAGAUUAAUAAUACUGACACUGUAUUAAUGGAUCCUAAUAAACUUUUUAUUCAGAGCUUUAUAAAUCUA